AUGGGGACGCUAGGAGGCACAGUGCAAGUUCUCGGGUAUCAUUCAGAUACUUUGAUUGUCAACUCCCACUGCUAUUCAAAGAAAAUCAAAGACAGCAAGUUCACAAAAAAUAACGAACCGGCAGAUCGGGAUAUUCUAGGCAUUACCAUCGACCCGCGGGACGUGGAAAUCCGACCGUAUGUGAGCACAAGCACAUUGUAUUGGCUGGACAAGAAACGUCUAGACAACUCUCCCAUCAAUUGGCGGAACGGCGCAGUGGAUCGAUUAAAACCGGGGACGGAGAUGUCGGAUCCGAAGGUAUGCCUCGUCAUGGACAAGAGGAUUAUCAGCAAUCUUCCUGUAUCGAACCAUGACCAUUCCGUGAACGCUUUGAUGUUUGACCAAAAGGGCGAUCUACUCAUCUCUGUUGGCGGCUUUACCAAUAUGGGGCUUCCCGGCUACAAGCUCGGAGGCUACUGGGAGACGCACUUGUCGGCUGCAGUGCUAAUCGCGCGCACAAGCCUAGGCGAUGUAUUCAACGGCAACUUGGAAUACACGACGGAUUUAGUGCGUCACGCAAUGCUCAAGAAGGGCGAUGUCGAAAUAUUCGCAACCGGUAUCCGAAACGGCUUCGCGAUGACGCUGACACGCAAUGGAAACAUGUACCUAGCCGACCAAGGCCCCAACUGCGCCUUUGGUGACACCGCAACGGACUGUGACGCCGACUAUGAUGAGCAACGAGCGAAGAAUUGGGACCCGUCUGCUGAAAUAAACUGGCAAGGCCUGGUCAAGCAUGGGUGGAACAACUGCCCCUACGCUGUUGGUCGCCCAGACAAGGUUCUGCAUCUUUCAGAGGGUGCGUACUACGGCCAUCCCAACGUGCAGCGCGGUUUGCAAAUCGAUGAAAGCGAGCAUGAAUGUUAUUGGGUUGACCCGUACACGGGGCUACCGGCUGACAAGAAGAAGAAGCCGUCAUUGUUCAAAUACAAGAAGCCACUUGAGUUGUUCAAGAGUCCCGUAACGGGGAUUGCGGAGUAUCAGGCAAGCCACUUUUGCAGCAAGCUCCGUGGUAACCUUAUAUUGUCGACAUACAAGGACGGAAAGACCUAUCGAUUGGGCGUAGACGGUUCAAAAGUAACGCGUGAGGGCGAAAAGCUUUCAGACCACGGUGGCUUAACAUUUGUGCAAAACGCACGCGGUGAUCUCGUGUUUCCCCGCCUGAGCAAGAAGAAUGUGUUUGUUUUGCGACCAGAUGUGUCAAUGCGUGCGGAGCUGUUCGUGACAGGCGUCGCGCCAGUGCGACACGGGAAGAAUGGAGGCACGAUGAUCACGGUGGCAGGGCAAAACUUUGGCAUGGAUCCCAGCGUGAUGGUGGGCGGAAACUCCUGUGCCAUAGCGAUGAGCUCGAAGACGGAGAUUAAAUGUAUGGUUCCGGCUGGGAGUGGAUUAGUGGAUGUUGAAGUGGUCGCUGUGGAGGGAGAGAGUGGCACGUUGGCAAACGCCGUUUUAUACAUGGAGGUAGGAUGAACUUGCCAAGUUACAGCAUCGUAAAUGUUAGUUUUGAACCAC